UUCAACUGCUGAGAGAGUCUGGCUUCAUUUCAACUAGUUUCGAACUUAGCGGUAGCUAUCGAAGAAUAAAACAACUUCACUGAGCAAUAACUAUAUACAUUAUUACAUUGCUGCUACUGAUCUAGGCAUGUAUGCCAAGAAAUCCGACGAGAAGGGGCCAUGCAGAGGAAGGUCUUUCGACUCAGUAAACUCUGCUAAUGGGGAGAAGCAGCUCAACACUGAAGUGACAUUCAAUAAAAGUGAUGAGAACCAGGACAAGAGGAGCAUCUCCACUGGAAGACCCACCAGCUCUCAGAAAAGUGUGGCAACAAUCAUAUUCUCACUGAAAAAUGAAGUGGGCGGUCUCGUGAAGGCACUUAAGCUUUUCCAGGAAAAACAUGUCAACCUCAUUCAUAUUGAGUCUCGCAAGUCCAAACGAAGGGAUUCGGACUUUGAGAUCUUUGUGGAUUGUGACUCCGACCAUGCACAGCUCAAGGAGCUGACUCAGCUGCUGAGGACACACACUGAUAUUGUCGAGAUCACUCCAUCGGACAACUCCUCUCUACCUGAUGAUGAUCUGGUGAAUGUGCCCUGGUUCCCCAAGAAGAUCUCGGAUUUGGAUUUGUGUGUGAACAGGGUUUUGAUGUAUGGAAGUGAAUUAGAUGCAGAUCAUCCGGGAUUCAAAGACAGCAUAUACCGUAAAAGAAGAAAAUAUUUUGCUGAUUUGGCGAUGAGCUACAAACAUGGCGAUCCUAUACAUCGCAUAGAUUUUACAACAGAGGAGGUGCGUACCUGGGGCGUGGUGUACAGGGAACUCAACAAGCUGUACCCCAGUCACGCCUGCAAGGAGUAUCUGAGGAACCUCCCCCUGCUGACCAAAUACUGUAACUACAGCGAAGACAACAUCCCCCAGCUGGAGGACGUCUCACACUUCCUCAAGGAGCACUCAGGAUUCAUCAUUCGGCCAGUAGCAGGGUAUCUCUCCCCCAGGGACUUCCUAGCAGGCCUGGCCUUCAGAGUAUUCCACUGCACUCAAUAUGUCCGGCACAGCUCCGAGCCUUUGUAUACACCUGAACCAGACACAUGCCAUGAGCUUCUGGGUCACGUUCCUCUGCUUGCUGAGCCCAGCUUCGCCCAGUUCUCCCAAGAGAUUGGUUUGGCAUCGCUUGGAGCUUCAGAUGAUGCUGUACAGAAACUGGCCACAUGCUAUUUCUUCACAGUGGAGUUCGGCCUUUGUAAGCAGGAUGGCAGGCUAAAGGCCUACGGAGCUGGACUCCUCUCCUCAGCCAGUGAACUCAAGCACGCUUUGUCUGGCAAGCCUCAUAUCCUUCCAUUUGACCCGAUGGUGACCUGUAAUCAGGAGUGCCUGAUAACUACUUUCCAAGAAGUUUACUUUGUGUCCGAGAGUUUUGAGGAAGCCAAGAACAAAAUGAGGGAGUUUGCCAAGAGUAUUCGGCGUCCAUUCACAGUGCACUACAACCCCUACACCCAGGGUGUGGACGUCCUGAAGGACACCGACAGCAUCAACAGUAUGGUGAAAGACAUCAGGCAUGAGCUGGACAUUGUAGAGGAUGCACUGAACCGACUCAGCGUCUGAGAGUCUAAGUGGGCGAUGGGGGUACAAAGUUGGGAUAUGAUUUGCAUAGAGCUGUGCUGAAACCUAGAUCCAACUUUGAGCAUUAAAAAGAAGUACAACCAAAUCAAAACUAAGGCCUCCUUCAUACAGAAUCAGGUGUCAGAAUUAGCCGCAGAGUUGUGCAGCAGUGUGGGAGUGUUUUUCCAUGUCCCCCUGCUGAGAAGCUGCUAUGUUGCUCUAUUGUUAGCAUGUUAGUCCUACGAGUGAUUGUUUGUCCACAUCAGCUGAUUGAAACAUAAUAGUAAACAAAACAGGAUGUGUUUACGUGUAGUAACAAAGUCACAAAUAUUGCUUCAAUAAUUGAUGGGACCAAGUUUAUACAAUUGCAAUUGCAUUUUGGAGUCUCGGCUUCUCUCUGGUCCCUCAAAGGUCAGUUUAGAAUUAAUCCAUUACACAUUACAUUUACUAGUGCAGUGUCUGUUCAAAUUCACUUUUUAAAAUCUAGAUGAUACAUAGGUACUUUCCAAGCAGGGCCACAGCAACCGAUGACAGAGGUAUCCCAGAGCAGCUGACAGUGCUGCCAAGCAACAGUAAACGUUGUAGCCCUUGAAGCUCACGUGAGCCAGCAUAAUACUGCUCACAGAAAAUUAAAAUCUCCAGUUCUCACUGGAGAAUAAAGAGCCCAUGUUGGAGGCAUCACCCGACUCAUCCAGACUUGUUCCCACUUUUGUUUCUUUUGUCAGUGCAAUGCGUUACCACAGCAAGUGACUGCACCACACAAAUCUCCAUUUUGUUUACGUCUGCUUCUCCGUGACAUCUAAUGAGAGGCAUCAUGUGAGCUGGUGCAUUGCUGACUCCGAUAUGAUAACUUGAUCUGUAGUAUGUGAUUUCAUCUUUUAAGAUCUUGUAGAGUGUGCACAUUUAAGAUGAGAGAGAAGGCUUGAUUGCUCGGCAACACACCUUCCAGGUGUGAAGUGGAUCGGAUAAAUGGUUCUCGUGAUACGCAAAUAACAGACAGACAGGUAGAAAUUCCCUGCUUUAUAGUUAGAUGUGUCAAAGUUUACCUAAUUUGAAUUCAACAGAAAAGCAGCAUACAAGCAAAUCCGCUAAUUGCAACAAUUCCAUUAAAAUGAAAUUAUGUUGGUCAGAAAAGAAACAUUGCAGUGGAGGAGUUCCAUACACUGAACAAAGUAAAGAAUCUAAGAGCAUGUUCCUUUUUUCCUACAUUCAACUCGUGAUUAAUUGGACUACCUUUGUGGUCAUCACAACAAUAACAACUUCCCUACUUUGGUAUGUAUGUUGGCAGUGACCAUUUUCCUGUUUGGAUAUUCAUGAGUUCCUUGACACAGGCCUGAGAGUAGUUCAUUUUAGGUGGCCAUUCUACAAACACCAAAAGCUCAGAACUCUGCUGUGUACUUCAGGUUGUGAUUAAUAAUAAACACAACAAGUAAUGCAAGAGUGCAUAGUUCUGUAACUGAGUCCACCUGUCAUGUAUGACUGUAGAAAAUGUAGUAAAUGUGGAGUGAAAAUGUCUGACUUACGUAACUCGCUUUCGUUGUGAUUUAUCUGAUAGUUUUAAUAAAUGCACAAUAAAGUUCAAAAUUGUUGCCACAAUGUGAAGGUUCAUGUCCAGAGCUACCAAUUCACACUGUAAAGAUCCUGAUAUUUAAUGUCUGCUGAAUGCUGCGUAUUUGUCUGUGCCUUCUCUCGUUUAACGGAGCACUCUGAUGUGUUGUUAACACCUGGCAUUCUCAUGCUGCGGUGGAUUACAAUACGUGCGUUAACUGGAUAUGGAACAGGCUUUACAAACUACUAAUCCAAUAAAAAUGCAUGU